AUGGAUCCUCCAGUGGUUGAAAUUGUAGACCCUUUAGCAAUUGAAAUUGUGGAUUUUUCAGAGAUUGAAAUUUUAAAUUUAGAUUCUUCAACAGUUGAAAUUGUAGAUUUUGUUGAAAGUGUGGAUCCUCCAGUAGUUGGUCAAACUUUUUGUAGUUGGGAUAAAAUGAAUUAUUUUUUGACUCUCUAUGCAAAGUCUUAG